AUGCGCAAAAAUGCACGUUGGUCUGGUAUGGGCGUAAACGGGCUUAGGAUGGGAGGUUUAGGCAAUAGUAUGGGUUUACGUAGUGCUCAAAUGCAUGCAAAGGAUUUAAAUACCAAAGAGGUUUUAGUAGAUGUAAGGGAUGUCGAUGCUGUCACUUUAUUAAAUCCGUUCCUGGAAGUAAUUCGAUCUGGCAACACAACAGGUCCCAUUGCUGGUACUGCAUUGGGUAGCGUAGAAAAAUUAUUGCACUACGGUAUCAUUGGUGUUCACAAUCCAAGAGUAUCCGUGGCUAUGAAUGCAUUAUCUUCUGCUGCAACACAUUGUAAGUUUGAAGCUUCUGAUGCUGCUUCAGAUGAACUUGUUCUGCUUCGAAUGCUUCAAGUGCUUCAAAUGGCUAUUACAAGUGAGUGUGGCCAAGUAUUGAGUGACGAAGCUGUAUGUGAAAUGAUGGAGACCGGUCUUAGCAUGUGCUGCCAAAUGCGACUCAGUGAAAUGUUGAGACGAUCUGCUGAACAUGUCAUGAUCAACAUGGUCAUCGCCAUCUUUGAGCGAUUAAAAUGUUUGGAAGACGAAUGGUUAUUUGUAGACACACCUAACGACGCUACUGAAGAGCCAGCUGAUCCUCAUAUGAGUACACCGAAGCCAUCGCCCUCACCUACUUUACAGAGCACAGAAGAGCAAUCAACUGAUGCUGAGAAAGACGUUGUAUUAACUGAAUCUCCUAAAAUGGAAGAGCCUAUUGUCGAAAGUCCUGCAGCCGUUGAACCUGCACCGUUAAGAGCGUAUGGAUUACCUGCCAUCCGAGAAUUACUUCGAGUUUUAAUCUCUUUAUUAAAUCCUCAUGAACACAAGCACACGGACUCCAUGCGAUUAAUGGCACUUAGUAUUCUUAAUGUAGCGUUUGAAGUAGGAGGAAAGAGUAUUGGACGAUUCGAGACAUUACGAUCUUUAGUGACGGACGAUUUCUGUCGUUAUGUUUUCCAAUUAGCAAAGACAGAUUCGACACCUUUAUUAGCAUUGUCUCUUCGUGUGAUUACCACCGUUUUUGAUACGAUGCGACCUUAUUUGAAAUUACAACAGGAGUUAUUCAUCUUUUUCUUGAUCGAGCGAUUGUCACCUACGUCCGGUGCAGGUAGUCGUGGUGUAUCAGUGGAUGUAGAUGAUGAAGGAAAAGUCACAUUUGUAUCAUCCCGAAGCGAUGCGGAUCCAAGAGCAGGCAAGGUGGAUAUCCGAAGUGGUUCACCCAACAUGUUUCUAGGAAAGUCUACAGAUUACCCCAGACAAAAUAAAAACUACUCUACCUCCGAACAGAUGGCCAUCACUGCAGAGGUUCGUGAGUUAUUAUUGGAAAGUCUUUUACAGUUUGCUCGUAUGCCCACCUUUAUGGUCGAUUUGUGGUACAAUUAUGAUUGUGAUCUAACAUGCGGCGAUCUAUUCGAGAAUUUGAUCCAAUUUUUAAGCAAGAACUCGUUUCCUGAUCAUCAAAGCUACUCCAUUAUGAACUCGCAUGUACUUUGUUUGGAUACGUUAUUAAUGUUCAUUGGACAAAUGGUGGAGCGUGUUAAUACCGAGGAAUUAACCAGUGUAGAAGAACUAUUAGAACGUAAAGCAAGAAAGAGAAUUAUUUUAAAGGGAUCCAGUUUAUUCAACGAAUCACCCAAGAAAGGUAUCAAGUUCCUUAUUGAGCAAGGAAUCAUUCAACCUGACGAACACGGAAACAACGAUGCCAGUCUCUCCAACUUUUUAAGAUCCACACAACAAUUAGAUAAGAAGAGUUUGGGUGAAUUUUUGGGUAGACCCGAAAAUUUUGAUACUCUUAAGGUAUACAUGCGUCAAUUUGAUUUUGUGGGUAAACGUAUGGAUGAAGCUUUCCGUAUGGUACUUGAAACUUUCCGUUUGCCAGGAGAGUCUCAACAAAUUAUGCGUGUUACCGAUACCUUUGCUGAAGCAUACUUCGAGUCCGGGCCCAAAGAGAUUUACAAUAUCGAUGCAGCCCAGAUCUUGGCUUAUUCAGUCAUCAUGUUGAAUACAGAUCAACACAAUCCUCAAAUCGGACGUCAAGCUAGAAUGUCAUUGGAUCAAUAUGUGCGUAAUGUACGUGGUGUGAAUAACAAUGAUGAUUUUCCUCGAGAAUAUCUGCGUUUAAUCUUUGAACACAUCCAACAAGAUGAAAUUCUCAUGCCCGAAGAACAUGAUGGUUUGAUGGGCUUUAAUUAUGCUUGGAAACAACUUCAACAACGUUCCGCUAGCAGUGGAUAUUUUGUUCAGUGUGAUACAUCAUGCUAUGAUAAAGCUGUGUUUGAAUUAUCUUGGAAACCCGUGGUGGCUGCUAUCUCCUAUGUAUUUAGUACAGCACAAGAUGAUGAUACCCUUCAAAAGGCGAUUACUGGGUUCCGUCAUUGUGCUAGUUUAGCUGCUCAUUUCGAGCUUUACGAUGUCUUUGAUAGUAUUGUGGUUAAUCUUGCCACCAUGACUGGUCUAUUAGAAAACGGCACCGGUAACGCUACCGUGCCAGAUCCCAUUGUCGAUGUAGCAGGUCAAAAAUACGUUGUAAGUAAGUUGGCAGUCCGAUUCGGCCGUAAUUAUAAAGGACAAUUAGCGGCAGUUGUUAUGUUUGCCAUUGUGACAAGACAUGGUGAUUCACUUCGUAAAGGGUGGCUCAAGGUCCUUCAGAUUAUCCGUAACUUGUUCUUAAACUCUCUUUUACCCAGUUCUAUGUUACAAGUGGAAGAUUUUUUGUCUGGUACAACAAGUAUUCCCUUGAAGCCCAAGAGUCCUAAACCUACAAAGCAAGCGAGCCGUCGUGAUGGCUCACUUUUAUCCACUUUAUCCUCAUAUUUACUAUCACCUUAUUCAAAUGACGAAACCUAUUGUCGUGAUCCUACAGAAGAAGAGGUAGAAAGUACAAUGUGUGCCGUGGAUUGCGUUGCUGCUUGCAAAUUAGAAGAAUUAUUCACGGAUAUCAGUUCCUUGCAGACAGACACUCUGAAGUGUUUAUUGACUGCAAUUCGGUCAGUUGGCUAUGACACCGAAGUAAUGAAAAAGGCAACCAUUACGAUCCCAUAUGAUCCAGCCACUGUUUUGUUCUUGGAAUUUAUGAUUACUAUAACAGUCCGUAAUGCAGAUAGAAUUGAUGAAUUAUGGUAA